AUGGAGUCUUCGUCCGAAUGUGAUACGAACAAAGCGGGCAUGAAGAACCUCGGCAUGAUGGUGAAGAGCAUGCUGCAGGAGCUGCAGAACAUGCAGCAAUUCCACGGCGCCGGCUACAUCUCGGAGAAGCUCUACUGCCUGCUUCAGCUCUAUUUGCAGAACAACAAGUCCUGGAAUCCGGCCGUCGACAUGCUCCAGUGUCUCAGCGACCUCAAAGAUGCUUCCUUAGUGCCCAGCGCAGCCUAUUUACAAAUGCUGACGAGCCGGAUCACCCUGGACAACCAAGCUCGCCUCAUAUUGCGUGACACGUUCAAAAUCAUCCUGCCCUUCGAGCACUACGCCAACGCAGUUAUGUUAAAACACAUGAACGGACCUCAGGGAAUGCACCUCGGCAUCGAUGCAACGAUCAGAGCAGUGAUGGAGUCGUACACAGUAGGAAGAGAGCAUUUCGGCAUGGACAAGGAGUUCAUCGUGGACGUCGUGCAGAACUGCCCGAACCCAGGGUGCCGCUUUUACAAGAUGGACAACAUCAACCGCAAGCAGAUGGAGCAAAUGAAGGCGAACCAGCCGCCGAUGGAGCAGUACGCGCAGAAGAUGCAGAUGGAGAUGAGCAAGCAGCACUUCCAGCAGCCGCAGAAACAGUUCCUCGUGACUAAAGCGAAAGCUGGAAACCUCGACUUUGGACCUGAAAUGCAGUACAACCAACCGACACCCCCGGCAGACACGAACCAGCAAAACAACAACUGCCAGCAACAACAGCAAUCGAUCAACAACCAAAUGGCCGAGCAGACGGACCGGCUCACAGACUUACUCAGGGCGAAUUUGGACAGCAUAGAAGGGCUGACCGAAGCAAAGGACUUUUUGUCUCUGCACAACGGACUGUGGCCCCUUUUGGACGGCAACGAAAAAAGGCCUCCAGUCCCAAUCGAAGCAGGCCAGGAGAAAAUCGUGCGAUCGUUUGGCGAGCUGAUGAAAAACAUGGCGCGAAUGAAAACCUGCGUCAGGCCGUCCAUGUGCAAGCCGUACGGAAAGCAGUCCGAGUCUCUACAAAAAACUUUGGUGGACACAAUCCAGCUCAUCCAGAGUCUGCGAUCGUUUCUGCCACCACCCCACAUCACAGUCACCAGUUGGAAGGAGGAGGAGCACAAACACAGGCCCGGCGCGAAAAGUGCUUUGCGCACCCUGGGCAAGCAGAAUUCAACGAGUAGCAACCCCGACACUAGUCUGCCCCCGAUGGCCGCCCCACCCCUGAUGGCGGACAAUUUGCAGCACCUGGUGCGUCCGAAAGGCAAGUACGAGUAGAGAGAGAGAGAGCUGUGAUACUGCUACCCAUCAAUCUAUGGUUCUGCUCACGACGGCGGGGAGAAAAAGGAAAAGCAACGAAACGCAGGCUUGAAAUGAAAGAAUUUAUCAGUUAAUACAUUAACGCAUUACUAGCAGUUACGGUUUUUGAUAAUUUUUGCUGUGAAUUCAAUGUGAGAUGGUAUUAAUAAUGCAUAAUAAUGGCUUCAAAUUAGCAUUUAUCGUCGAGAAUCUAAUUCUUGUCACUUUUCUUGUCAAGCGGUUGGGGAAACUCGUUUUAGAAAGUGUUUCGGAUCCUCACAACACGUUUCCUUUGGUUCAAAUUUAGGUGAUAAAAUUGCUCAAUUUACAUAAACCGAGUUUUCUCCAACCCGCAAUUUUCUCGUGAUUCAAAUUCAGUGUGAUCAAUUUCUAGUGUCAAUGUUUUUUGUAUUUUCUGUCCUGAUCAGUGUUCCAAAAGAAGCAGUAGCACACUAAAUCGUUGAUAAAAAUUUAGUUUUAGUAGAAACGAAUGAGCCAACGAGGGAAAGAUUGACUGCGAUACGGAACAAAAACCAAGCAAAGGACUGUUUUUGAGAUAUAAGAGAAAGGGCACUGGCAUGACAUGUUCGGAGGAAAAAAUUUUACUACCCUAAAAUUAGCUGGCAUUCUAUUCAGUGUGUUUGGCUACGGAGACGCAUUUUGUAAUCUUGUUGAACUGCUGCAGGCAGCCGAUAUUUUGAAAUAGGCAAAUGUUUUAUUUGUCGCAAAGAUUUAUUAGUGUAAAAAACUGUAUAAAUGGCGCUUGCUGUCCGACCGACCGCAGAGAGCGAAAAUCGAAAGAAAUAUACUACAAAAGACGGAGGUAACAAAUUAAGCGCCAUUAUAGAGAGGGUCAAAAAGUUGGCUUGCUGUAACAAUUUUUCGUUUUAACACACGUUCUGCUAUUCUACAAAAAAUGGAAAUUCAAGCUUGGAAGAAUCUUUAAAGACUGUUUUAAUCUUCAUCGUUAUGUUUAUCAUGAUUCAAGUGGAAUAAAAUCUUUUACCAAUUCGAA